AUGGAAGCAAUCUCUCACGCAGGUACAGUCUUAGCUGUAUUAUCCAAAGAGGGAAUAGCCAUGGCAGCUGAGAAGAAAGUGACGGGUAAAUUACUUGAUCUAUCACUCGCACCAGGAGGAGAAAAGAUGGGAGGUGAAGGUACAGAAGCGUGGAUGGGAGGUGGAGGAGAGAAGAUCUUCUUAUUGAACAAUAAUAUCCUAGCUGGUUUAGCAGGUAUCACGUCCGAUGCCAACUCCUUGGUGAACUUUGCUAGAAAUAGCGCUCAAAAACAUUUAUUCACUUACGACGAGGAUAUCCCCGUGGAGAUGCUGGUUCAGAGAUUAUGCGAUAUGAAACAGGGUUAUACACAGUUUGGAGGUCUUCGUCCCUUCGGUGUAGCCUUACUUUACAUGGGUUGGGACCCAAUCUACGGUUUCCAACUAUAUCAAUCCGACCCAUCGGGUAAUUACUCAGGUUGGAAAGCUACAUGUAUAGGAUCGAAUCAUUCUUCCGCUACCAGUCUGUUGAAACAGGAUUAUAAAGAGGAAUUAAGCUUGGAAGAAGCUAAAUCAUUAUGUUUGAAAGUCAUGAGUAAAACUAUGGAUAGUACCAAAUUGAGUAGUGAGAAAUUGGAAUUCGCAACGAUGACUCUUAACCCCACGACGAAACAACCUUUAUCGAAGAUCUACCGACCAACAGAAUUAGAUUCAUUACUUCGAGAUAUGGAACUGGGAGGUACAGCCGAAGAUGCAGUGGGUGCCUUGGAGGGCACAGGCGGAGGUGGUGGUGGUAAUGUCGCUAUCAGUACAUAG